UGUCCCUGGGGGUGUUUGAUGGGGGCGACAGUGUAGAGAGACCUUUACUCUGUAUCUAACCCUGUCCUGUCCCUGGGACUGGGGGAAUAGUGUAGAGGGGGCUUUACUCUGUAUCUAACCCUGUGCUGUCCCUGUCCUGGGAGUGUUUGAUGUAGAUGGGUUUUACUUCCAGUAUUAAAGUGUUGAGGCAGCUGUAUGUAAACUCUGUUGCACAGCUCCUUGACUGCAGAAUGCAUCAGUUUCUCACCCUGAAUCCAGCAAGCACAACGUGGCUCUGCCAGGGGGUUGGAGGGCUCAAGAGGCUCAUUCUCAACCCAGGAUGUGAGCGGUGGGAGUUGGAGAGAAACUGUAAACCCCUCUCCCCUCCCUCAGGCCUGUAGGGUUACGGUUAGACUGAGUGUGGAGAUGCUGUAGCUUCUGGAACUUGCAGGGCAGGAGCGAGGAGAUAAACAGAUACCUUGGGGAGUCUGGUUGUAAAUUUUAUAAUGUCAAUAUUCAUAUUUAUAUGACAGGAUGAGCCAUAAGGUGGGCAAGUUUUAAUAAAUGGGUGUUGGGGAACUGGCUUUCUAGGGUAUGGUCAGACCGGGGUCACCGUCCCCUCCUUUAGCCCUGGGCCGUGUGGUCAGACCGGGGUCACCGUCCCCUCCUUUAGCCCUGGGCCGUGUGGUCAGACCGGGGUCACCGUCCCCUCCUUUAGCCCUGGGCCGUGUGGUCAGACCGGGGUCACCGUCCCCUCCUUUAGCCCUGGGCCGUGUGGUCAGACCGGGGUCACCGUCCCCUCCUUUAGCCCUGGGCCGUGUGGUCAGACCGGGGUCACCGUCCCCUCCUUUAGCCCUGGGCCGUGUGGUCAGACCGGGGUCACCGUCCCCUCCUUUAGCCCUGGGCCGUGUGGUCAGACCGGGGUCACCGUCCCCUCCUUUAGCCCUGGGCCGUGUGGUUUGGCUUGUGUCCGAGAGUCCUGUGCUCCCUCCACCCACAGCUGUUGUGUAGCCGGUCCUGUGGGACCGGUUUAUACUGACCCUCCAGCUUGCUGGUGCUUGUCACAUUGUAUGUGACUCUGUUAGAGAUGUUAAUGUAUGUUUUGUAAUCUAGUCUGUACAGAGUAAAUAUUCAUGUAGCGUG